CGACAGUUGACGCUUGACGCUGCAUUGGCGGCUAGAAGUUGCGUUUCGCCAAAAUUUUUGUUUUGUCCCGUUCUUCAAGAAAAACCACUUGUCGAAAAAUUGGCUCAAUUUUAGCCAGCUUACCCCCGAAAGACACCCCCCACUUUUAAUUUCGCCCAACAUAAACAAAAACCUCCCGCUAUUAGCUGUCAACUGUCAAAAAACUCCACUCUUAACCGUCUUAACCUCUAAAAACGAAUGUUUUGCAAAUGGAUUUUUAGCGCUUAAAAAAACCCAAGCGUUUUUCGUACUUUUUGUGUGAUGAUUUUUAUGUUGGUUUCGCGCCGCCCCGAUGGCUUUCCAGGAUAAUUUUAAGGAGUACUUGAGUAAAAAGCAGCCCACAGAUGAAGAACUAACGGCGAAAGAAACGCAGGAGUUGCAGGAAGCUAUUGAUAACUCGAAACUGUCGGCAAGUUUAGAGGAACAAAAACGAGAGGCUAAUCGCCAAGCCGAGGAAAUCCUGAAGAGAGCGGCGAAGCCCGGCACGAGUGCCGCUCGCGACGACAUACCCUUCUCGCCGAAGCAAUGGAGCAAGGGGGCGAAGUCGCCGGGGCAGGUUCCCGCCACGUCGACGGUGUGCUUCUUCACCGAGGAAGACACCAAGCCCACCAUGAUUCUGGAUAUCGUGUACCACCCACCCAUGUUCGACGAUGCAGUUGACCCCACAGCUAGUCUUCGAGAGCGGGUCAAACAACUCGCUUUUCAUAUUGAUGCAAUCAAAGAGUUGCAAGCGAGACAGGCGCGGAAGAGUCUGCGCAGGGCCCCCAUACCUUCAGUCAUCUCGCCUAAGAAAAUUAUCCAGGAAGAAAUGCCCAACUUGCCGGAGCAGGAAAUCUACAUUAGUCGCUCGGGGCGACAAUCUAAGAGGAAAAUCUAUACGGAAACGAGGGAUGGUGAGAGCGAUUCGUUUUCGCAAAAAAAAAACAAGAGCGAAGAUCCGUUCGAAAACAUGCCUUAUGAAUCUCCGUUUGUCCCUUACACCCAAGCCACGUCAGAGCUGAAGUGGACCGAAUCGGACGAAAUAACGGAAGAAAAAGAGGAAACGGGACAGCAGCAGUCAAAAGAGGUGGAAAAAACUUUGCCCAGUGCGGACAUUCUCGAACAAGAACGUAUUUUCGAGGACAGUUCCGUUGCGGAAAACAGGGACGACGAUGAGACCUUUGUUAGGGAGAGGGUGUCGCCCCCGUUGCCCAUGAGAGGGAGAGGUAGAGGGAGAAAAGGGAGCAAAGAAGUUUCAGAAUCGAAGAAACGCGUGAUGACAAAAGCCGCUCAAAAGGUAGAGUACACCCCCACUUCAAGCCCGGCCACAAAGCGCCCCAACAUCAACAAAAGCCCCGAAGACCGGGCCAAACCCAAAGGGAAGUCGAAAGCCAAGGAGCAUGCGGCGCCUGUGCCGAGCACGUCCGCAGCCCCCGAGGAGGGCCCUUGCCCCGUCUGUAACAAAAUGUUCCCCCUCAACGAACUAGCGGCGCACGCCUCCGACUGCGGAGACCCGGUGCCGGAGAGAAGAUCCACCAGGAAAAGCCCGUCAAAAAAAUUCCUUUGCCAAUUCUGCAAUCACGUCUCCUUGACGGCCAGUGAAUUCGAGUCUCACUACAAAAAGUGCGUCUCCUCGAAACCAACAAAUGUAUGAAUUUAAAUUUGUGAUAAUGAGUAUUUUUACAAGUGUGUCAUACUUAAGUCGUUUAAAUUAUAGUUCAAUUUUAAGCAUCACAGUGGUAUUGUCAAGUUUGAAAUGUGUAUAGUGAGCACCGUUACUGUUGAUGAAGAUUGUUAGGUAUAUUUUUGUAAUGUUAACGAAGUUGUCCUUAUCGCGUUGUAAAAUAUAUUAUUUUCUACUAAGUA